AGGUUAUCGUUCUAGGCCUUAUAUUUUAAAAUAUUAUUAUUUAUUAGAUAUUGCCUUUUAGUAUCAGUAGUGAUCUACAUUUCUAGUAUUUCUACACUUAUUGGUUAUUUUUUUGUUAACUAAUUGUACGUAUUUUAAAUUUUUUUAUUCAAACAAUAUAAUUUACAAUAAUUAGAUCAUGUUAAACUGUUCAACUAAAGCUAUUUGUAGCCGUGGAUUUACACCAAAUGUCAUCAGUGUUCGAUAUAGAAGAGUCAACGUUCAGAAACCCAGAAAACCAGAUCAUUACAGAGCCGUCAUUGAAACAAUUACAAAGCCUAAGUAUCCAUGGCCAAAUCCAUCAAAUAUGACAUGGAGUGAAAGAUGCCCUAAACCAUUCAGUAAAGCAUUUAAACAAAUAGAAAAUAACCCAUAUGAAAACAUUUUGGCCAAAGAACUUAAAGAACUAUUUGAGCAGAGUGCAAUGGUUGCAAUAUUUCAUAAAAAUCCAGUAAAAGGGGAAAUUGACUUCAAAACAAGGAAAACUUUUAAAAUGGCUGAUAUGGAUCAUGUUGUGUAUGGUAAAAGCACUUUAAAACUAGCCUUGGCAGAAACAAAUUAUGCUGCAGUGUUGAAUUUGUUUCAAUCACACAGCUCAAUAGUAUUUAGUAGUACAUCACAGGUACCAAAGUUGUUGAAAAUUAUAAAGAAGAUGCCUCACUUAAUUUUAUUAGCAUCCAUAGUUGAUGGGAAAUUAUUAAGCAAAAACCAAACUGUAGAAUAUGGAAACUUAGUAAAUAUUGAUAACGCCAGAGCAAGACUGAUUGGUGUACUAGGUCAAGUAAACAAUAGGUGUUUGCAGACUAUAGGACAAACACAGUUGACAAUGGUUCGAUAUUUGGAACAAUAUGGUCAGUCAUUAGUAGAUGUUAAUACAGAAAAAAAGUCCACCGAAGAAUUAGACUAACUUUAAAUAUUUAAAUAAAGUGUACAAAGCAUAUUGUAAAAUCAAUUUGUUGGAUAAUUUAUCAGAUUAAUUUUUAAUAAAAU